CUGUGCAGAAUGAUGUAUUAACAGAUCAGGUCCAGAAUCAAGCUUAUACAAUCAUUUUUAAUGAGGUACAAGGAGUAGGAGUAGUGUUUUGGUUUUUUAAAUUUAUUUUUAUGUUGAAAUUAUAUUGUUUUUGCUAGAAAAACAUAUCAGACAUACACUGUAUGAUCUAUAUCUGGAGGGGAAGUUGAGAAUGGUCUGAAAAAUAUGUGUGUUUCUGUUUUUUGAUGAUGACCUCAACCCAUACACACCAAGAUGAAAAGAUAAAACUUCAGUUUUCUGUGGUAGGAAAGAGGGUUUGAAUCUUUACAUCUUUUGAUGUACUGUUAGUUCCUACUCUAGACAGCAGCAGUCGUUGAGUCGAGUCGGGUAUUUGCGGUGAAAAGCUAAGGAGGUGUAGGGAAAUUCUGCAUAUAAUGUCUCAUCAUAGAUGAUUAUCUUUGAAUGGAAACGUUGACAUCAUUCAGAGGAUUUAUACAGGACGCAGUGCUGACACUCCACCAUCACCAUCACCACCAUCAUUUGACUGACAGCAUCAUGAGGACUCUCUGCUUGACUCUGGGGCUGCUGCUGCUCGCCGCCUGCUGCUGCAACGCCAUGCCUAAAGCUCUGAAGGCCACAGCGCCUGCAAUCUGCUGCUUCAGCUUUUCCAAGCGGCCUUUACCAUUAAAGCUCGUGUCCGACAUCACCAAGACCCACAGCUUCUGUCAAAAGCAGGCAUUCGUGGUCCAGACUAUUAAAGGAAGACAGAUCUGCUACAGUGAAACCUUCCAGUGGGCUCUGGAUGUCUACAAUAAGCUCCACAACACUGAGGGCAGCGGUCUGCAGCACUGAAGAUGUAUUAUUGUAUAAUACUGUAUAUUAUUAAAUGAAAUGGUUUUGCAGGCCUUAAGGCACAAAUAAUAUAAAAUUUGUAUUUUUUAAAUUUGUAUUUUAAUAAAUACAUUUUGCUGUAA